AUUUCAUUCGUCUCAAAAAGUUGUCAGGAGACUUGGUAAACAAAAUAAAAGAAAUUCACAAAAAUGCCCUCAAAAAAGAAGAAAUAUAACGCCAGAUUCCCUGCUGGUCGCAUCAAGAAAAUCAUGCAAACGGACGAAGAAGUUGGAAAAGUCUCACAACACUGCCCCAUCAUGAUAUCGCGUUGCUUGGAGCUCUUUAUCGAAUCCCUGCUCUCCAAAACGGUGCGCGUCACAAAUGCCCGCAACUCGAAAACGCUGUCGCCGUCACACAUGAAAAUGGUGAUCGAAUCCGAGAAAAAUUUCGACUUUUUGCGCGAUUUGGUGAAAGAUGUGAAAGACGUCAAAGACAUGCCGCCGGAAGAGGAAAAUGGACAAAACCCAGAACCAGUUGCCGCGAUAAAUCUUCAUGUGGCUUCAACGACGUCGUCGCAACAACAAAUGCAGCCCGUGCAAACACAACCGCUCGCCUUGGUCGGGAAACGAAGUAGAAGUAACGGAAAUACCGCGGCGCAAGAAGAUGACGACGACGAAAGUGACGAGAGCGAUUCCUCAGACUGAUUUUUUUUCUAAAAAGAACCCCGUAUUUUGUAAGAGCGACGCGUAAAAGGCAUUUCUUAGGUGUCUUAAAAUUUAAGGAUUGUGUUUUGCCCCUUUUUAAAUUUUUUUUUUCAAUUUCUCAGACAAAAAAUAGCAAAUUAAGAAAUAAAAUUGAUGAAAAUUCA